AUGAUAAUCAUGACUGAUUCUCUCGAAUAUUCUUUGUCAAUAUUGAAAUAUCAAUUAACUGUGACAAUUCGAUGGUUUAUUAUUGUGCUUAGUCAUUGUGAAAAGACAUCAGUUAGAGAAUUGGAUAUGCAAAGUGCUUUGUUGGUUGAAUUGCUUUGUUACAACAAUAAAAGUUCGAUUAUGAUGUGUGUGACGCCUAAUUGGUACAGAAAAUUUAGAUAUGUAAUCUCUAAAAUCCAGAAUAAGUAUGUAAAUUUGGACAUCAAAAGCUUAAGAACGUUCAAAUCUAAAAUUCCAAAGAGUUGUUCAAUGACUGCAUCAGCAAUAAUCAGACCACCUUUUGUUUACUAUAAAAGCUCUAAAAAUUUAACAGGAAUUGAUGUCAGAAUUCUACAUGAACUAGCAUUAAGCCUUAACUUAGAUCUUCAAAUAUUUGCUUUUAAUACCUCAAAUUUUACAAGCAACGAAUUUGAUGUACAUGUAGGAUAUCCACUUCAGUACAGUAAAUCAAUUAGUAAAUCUUAUGAUUUUCAUGAACUCGUGUAUGUUGUUGCGCCAGGAAAACGAAUUUCGUCGCUACAAAAGCUCUUUCAAGCUUUCGAUGGAAAAAUAUGGAUUUUAAUAUGUCUAAUAAUCUUAAUGGCUUUUAUGUCGACUUAUGCUAUGAAUAUGCAAUCUCAUGUAAUUAGAAAAUUUGUUUUUGGAAGAAAUGCACAAUUAAAAUUCAUGAAUGUGCUUGGUGGAUUAUUGGGAACGUCAUCACAUCAGUUGACAUCUAAGAGAAAUUUCCUACGAGUUUUAUGGAUUGCUUUUCUAUUUUUUGGAGUUUUAAUGAGAACGUUGCAUCAAGCAACGCUUUUUAAACUACUUCAGAAUGAUAACUGUGAGAAUGAAGUUCAGUCGUUAGAUGAAGCUAUAGAGAAGAAUAUUACUGUGUAUACUGAUGUGAUUUACAAGGAUUUUGUCAAUCAAUCGAUUAGAAUUAAGUAUAAAAGCCAGCGUGAAAUUCAUUCAAUCAUCACGAAGUCAUUUGAUUCUGAUUUUCUUGAGAUUAUCUUCCUACCGUCAGCACAAAUGAAUUUUUUUAAACAUAGCAGCAGCCAACUCAAACGUUUCAAGAUCAUUGAGCAUCCUCGCAUAGUCAUUCCAUCAGUUUUUCACUUUUCAGAUCAAUUUCACUUCGCAGAUGAGAUUGAUGAGAAAAUUGGUAUGUUUCAAUCUGCUGGCUUAAUAAAGUUUUGGACUGAUUUAGAGAUGCAUCAUAUCCACAAAGUUAAUGAAAUUGUAGUACCGAAAAAAUUGACAUUUAAGCACGUACAAAUUCUCUUUGACAUUUUAAUUGUCGGACACUCUUUAUCUUUUAUGUUUUUCAUUUUGGAGCUGAUUUAUAAAAGAUUUGUGGGACAGAAAACAGUUCGUGAAAUGACUGCUGUUAGAUUCAUUAGAAGAAAAUCUUAUCCUUAA